GUACGUGGUGUGAGUACAUGCGCUAAAGUUUAUCGUGCUUUUGCAAUUAGCAUUUACCUCCAUUUCGAUUAAAAUAAAUAAGAAUUAACUAGUAACCGUUUUAAAAAAUUGGUAUCUUUUAUACCAAGUGGGGGUGACGUUCUUGUGGCUUGGUGGCCACGGCCACGGUUAAAAUGGAGGAAAGUGGGGACAAUGUCCCCUUAAAAAUAUUAGACUCCACAGUGUCUUCUGAGGUGGACAAUUUCGUAAUAAAAACUGAACCUGUGGAGGAAGAAGAACAUGACGACGACACCACGUCCAAUGCAAAGACUGAACUUAGUGAUUAUCACAUGCCCGAUCCAUCUCAAACUAUAAAGACUGAACCUCCCGAGGUUGGCAGUGGAGAAAAACUACCAAACUUGGUAGUUGUCAAUUCUACUAACAUCGAUGUCAAAAAGGAACCGGACACUGACGUCGAAAUCAAAACUGAAAAAUCUACGACAAAAAAUAAGCUAAAAAAUUACGGGCGUACUCGCGUCGAAGUAGUAACCAAAAUAACAAGGAUUAUUUUUUGCCAACUUUGCUACGCUCAAAUACCAUCCGUCUCGAAAUUCAGGAUCCACUUGGAUCGAGAACACAACAUCCAGGUCAAAGGGCCCCCUCGCAUCGUUGAUAGUGAUGAUUGUGACAACGAGUUGACGAUGAAGAAUGCAUCAGAUGCGUUACGACGUGCAGAGAACGCCCCCCGCACCACGGUAGUCCUCUCUGAUUCUGAUGAUGAUGACGACGAUGAGUCAUCCGAUGAUUCCGAAUCUUCGGAUGAUUCCGAUUCUGAUGACCAAGAGCAAGAAUCAAAUCCAGCAGAAUCACAAGUCUCGACGGAGGAGUCUUAUUUGAAACUAAAAACAAGUCUCACGAAAAGAAUGAUGCGACAGGAAGCAAGAUCACAAGAUCGAGUUAAAAAAUUGUUCGUGAAACUUGGGAACAAUCAGACCAAGUACACACAGUGUAAUACUUGCUGGAUUGAGCAACUGGUGACUGACAAACAUCACCCUCUACGAGUAGAACAUAAGAGGCAACAUACAGAUGGGGAGUUUAUAUUGUGUCAAUUUUGUGGAAUGAGCUUUUUAUAUGAUUAUUACUUGGAGAAACAUUUGGAAGAUUUGAGCGUUCCCACCGUUCCUUCAACAAUGUCCCCAUUUGAAGCUGAAGAUCUCCUCCAUGAGACUCAUUCUUGUCCUGAUUCUGGUUGUGGUGAGAUUUUUGCUAACCGAAAAUGUCUACUUUUCCAUCGGACAAACACUCACGAUCAUUAUCACCGAUGCCCAACUUGCGAGAAAGUUUACAUUCUGUACUCUGACAUGAGAAAGCAUAUACAACGCGUCCAUAAUUAUGAGAAACGUCUCCUGUCCUGCCCAGUUCCAGGGUGCGACAAGUCGUUUCCAAAUCGUCGUGGAAUUGCAACCCACGUGACUCAUACUCAUAGCGUCGAAGAAAAAGAAAAAUACUUUACAAGCAAUAUCGGACAACCAAACAACAAAAUUGUUAAGAAGACUGAGUCAGACGACAACGCCAAUAACGAUGCGGACGACGACGACAAGAGCAAUGUUGUCGCCAACCCUUUGCCACCAGAAAUUAUUGUCCGACACAAAACACCUCAAACGUUCUGGAGGAAGAGGAAAGCAGAAUUGGAGAAAAUGCGAGACCUUCUCAUCAGGAAAAAUAGAUUUUAUGGACCGAGACAAAAAUCCACGUCCAUGUUAACACCACGCACCCCACUGCCCUCGCAAAAACAGCACUCAUAUAAUGAGUCAAAUAAAUUUGGAAUUAACAAACCAUUUCCUCGACAAGGGAGACGAACCUCUAUAGACGUGCCAAAAAUGAAACCCGUCAGAAAGGGCUUUUUAGAUCGACGUUUCAAGACUCCUCAUUACAAUUAUUCCUCCAUGCCGCCAAGACCAGGUCUUGCUUUCGACGACAGACGUAGGAGACUUCCUUCAAACAGAAAUUUCACAUUUAUGUGUUCCUUCUGCAGUCGAGCAUUCCGAACUGGCGCAGAUCGCGAUGCCCAUGUGGGUUCCACACAUCACUUUGAUCUCACUCUAGAAAAACCCUUCAUUUGCCCUGUGACUGAUUGCGAUAAAAGGGACCAUGUUAAUGGACGUUCGUUACUCGGACACAUCCGUCGUUACCAUCCACCUUCCGUCGACGAAGAACUAUUUCUGCGUAGUAUAGAAGAGGAUAAAUUAGCUGAGGCAGCAAACCCUUCAACCAUAAAUUCUUCAGAUUUACCCUCUGAUGAAGAUAAUGGCAACAAUAUGAGCAACCAUAAAAAUACUGUAAAAGUUGAACCGGAAGAAGACUUAUCUGACGAUGAAGAGGUCGAAGUAGUUCCUAAAAAACCAAAGCUAGUAAGCAAGAUCGCAAAACCGACCAAGAGGAAAUUUCAGCCUUCAUCUACUUCCGGUGUUCGCCGCCCAGUUAAACGCACCACAAUUGGUCUUUCCCCGUGCCGCAUACGAUGGCAAUGGCGUCCUGGUCCAAAUGCUAUCCGUAUUCGCGAAGUGUUGGCAAACUUUACAAUAGAUGGUGGUUUCUAUUGCCCAGAAUGUCCAGCCUCGAAACGAAGGUCUCUCUCAACCACAUGGAAUGUUCAUCGACAUAUUGGAGUUCUGCAUCCAACUUCAACGUUUCUCUCAUGUCCUAGCUCGGUUAAUAUCGAAGCUAUGAAAAAUAAGCACAGAGAAGAAGAAGCGGCAGAAGCAGAAGAACAAGCACGAGUACAAAAUAAUGAUGAAAGUUCCAGUGAAGAAGAAGUGGAAAAAGAUGCUUAUGAGAAUCAUAUUAAGAAUGCUCACAACAUCGCAGAGGAAAAAAUCAAAGAGGAAGUGGAAAACGUAAAAAUCAGGGAGGAAGAGGAAAAAGAAAUCAAAGAGGAAGUAGACAAAGUCAAGAAGAUAAAAGAAGAAGUUCAAGAAGAGGAACCCCCAUAUUCUGACAUAAUCACACGGUCAUCUGUUGAAGGACUCACCAUUCUUCGAAGUUGGUUCCAGUUUUACAGAGUCGGACCCAAUAAGCAAGCUGCGAACUGCCCUUUAUGCCCUCAAAAGCAGUUCUCCAACCUGCACAAUCUUCAACGACACUUUCUCGUCCAGCAUAAAGGUACUGACUACCUGAGAGUGUCAAAAUUGCAGGUAUUGAUCAAGGCGAAACUGGAUGAAACGAAAAUGUCAAAAGCAGAAAAGAAUAAAUUAUUACAAUCUGUGACGAGGCCAAUCAGUAAAACACAGCUUCGCUAUUAUUCUCGUGGUCGAGGAGGACGAAAAACUGGUGGUCAGAGUCGUUUCUUUGCCAAUAUGAAGAAAAAGUUUCCAGCGUCUUCAAGGGGGCGAAAAAAGAACAUUACUUCAUCCGAGGAAGAGGAGGAAGGCGAUGACUAUGACGAUGUAGUCGAGAAUAUUGGUGGCGGUGGAGGGACUUCGUCGUCAAAAACGGUCGAAGAAGAAGAUGAGGAGAGUGAAGAGGAGGUAGCACCACCCCGAAAACCUGGUGAAGAGGAUGAUGAACUCGAGGAUGCUGCUAAUAUUAUGGCGAACGAUGUGAAGCCCAAAAUAGAACCUGGGGGGACAUCGUCACCAUCAUGCACCACUCUUGGAAAUCCCCUCCGUGCAUUUAAAUUGUCCAAUGGCAAAUACUACUGCCCUGAAUGUAAUACUGGUCCAUCAUCUCCACCAUAUUACUCACGACCUUUCGAGCUAUUACGACAUCUUAGCGAUUGUCACCCAGGUUCAUCUCUUUUGUCCCCUAAUAAAUCAUCCAAGAAAACAAAACCUAUAAUCAAACGUAAAAUCAUUAAGGAAACCAAACUGACAGAAAGCAAGCCAAAAACGGAACCAGAUACUAUUAAAAGUUUUGAAUGUCCAUUUUGUCCUCCUGGAUCAGAGCAGAACAAGUACCUCAGUUCUUGGACAUUGUCACGCCACAUAGAGAAAAAUCAUCCCGGAAAAACACCAAGUGACAAUUCUACUUCUACCAACGGCACGCAAGGAACUCCGAGUAAACGUGCCAAAUUAGAUGUUCCAAGUAACCCACCUGCCACUAAAGAGACUGGUUUGACGUCCUCUGAGAGACCUGCAUACUAUAACCAACCUUGGUUCAUCAAAUCAGAAGCAAAAGCAAAAGCCCAAGUGUCUCACAUACUGCAUUUAAUGGACGUUUCAAGACUCGAGUGCAUUUACUGCCCGGACGUCCCCGACAAGGAGAAGCACGUUUAUCCAUCGUUCCAGUAUUUAUUACGCCACCUAAAUCGUAUCCACUCUGCAUCAAAACAACGAUCGGAGACGGAUCCGUCUAAAAUAUUUACUCCUUCACCGCUGCCGAACACUGAGGAGGAAAUUAAACCUGUCUCUCAGCCAAAGCGUGAUCGAUCAAAACGUCGCAAACGAAGGACAACUCUAUCCAGACCAAAAUAUCGAGAUCUAUCAUCUGGCGAAGAGGAGAUUCCUGAUAAUUUGAACCAUCCCCACGAGUCUGACAUAUCCUCAGCAGCAGAGAGUGAUGAUGACGACGAUGGUGAUUCCACAAUUGGCAUGGAGUUGGACAAUGAAGCGGAUGAAGAGGAACCCGAGGCCGCUGAUGUCACAUAUCCGUGUGCUGUCUGUUUCAAAAGAUUCGACAGGGUCACUUCACUCCGAUCACAUAUUCGAUGGUGCAGGGCACGUCAAAGAGAAGAAUCUCGUCUUGGCAAAGAAGGAGCCAAGACAUCGUUCUGCACCCUCUGCGCCAAACAGUUUAGUUCACCUCGAGCUCUUGGACUCCAUUGCAAACACAAUCAUAAAGCAUCAUCACCGAGUCCUUCAGAUACAGAUUCCUGCUCAUCUGGCGAAGAGAUUGACCCUGCAACAUUGAAUACGGCAGAAGUAGAAGAGGAGGAGGAGGUACAUCCAUCAUUAGGAAGGGCAGCCAACUCGACCCCUUUGGACCUUAACACCACGAAUGAAGAGUCUCAACUUCUUGAUCCUCCAAUUAUUUUAGAAGAUCCAAACGAAAUUCUACUUGAAGAAAAAUGUGCAUUUUGUGAUGAAUGGUUUACGUCGGCACAAGAGAAAAUGACACAUGUGAUGAAGGAACAUUCGACACGUGGAAGAAGACAAGAGAUUAAAGAAGAUUGCACUAAUAAUGAACCUAAAUCAAACAUACGUUAUUCACAAUAUUUGUAAACCGGGUCUUGCAUACCAUCACUUCAAUUAUGUUUAAUUACAAGUUUUGGGAGAGUUAAAGGUUUUAGUAUUUUGAGAAACACCACUGGUACACAUGGUCCCUAAUUUACAUUAUGAUAGCAUCACAUUCCGACACAUUUAUAUCGUGUACAAAUAGUUUGUGCUACGUAUUUAGUAUCGCUGUAAUAAUUUACUGAUAGUGCAUUCAUAAUGCUAGAUGAGUUCAGGUUUCACUAUGUAAGUUCACAUUAUAUGAAUUAAAACAAAUUGAUCCGUUGAA